CUGUAAAACAGGAGGUGGUUGACCUAGAAUCACGAGCAUUGUGGUUGCUUGUUCACCUUGAACAGCCUUUCAGCACAUUUUUGCUGGCACAGCAGCGCAGUGGAGAAUAUAAGAGGAUCACAUCAGACCAUGAUAUCAUUGGACAGAUCAACAAUAUGGUUUCUGUUGGAGACUUGAUGGAUAUCAGGACCAUAGAAAUAUUGUAGUCAUAUG